AUGCAGCUGGAGCAUUGCCUUUCUCCUUCUAUCAUGCUCUCCAAGAAAUUUCUCAAUGUGAGCAGCAGCUACCCACAUUCAGGCGGAUCUGAGCUUGUCUUGCACGAUCAUCCCAUUAUCUCGACCACUGACAACCUGGAGAGAAGUUCACCUUUGAAAAAAAUUACCAGGGGGAUGACGAAUCAGUCAGAUACAGACAAUUUUCCUGACUCCAAGGACUCACCAGGGGACGUCCAGAGAAGUAAACUCUCUCCUGUCUUGGACGGGGUCUCUGAGCUUCGUCACAGUUUCGAUGGCUCUGCUGCAGAUCGCUACCUCCUAUCUCAGUCCAGCCAGCCACAGUCUGCGGCCACUGCUCCCAGUGCCAUGUUCCCGUACCCCGGCCAGCACGGACCGGCGCACCCCGCCUUCUCCAUCGGCAGCCCCAGCCGCUACAUGGCCCACCACCCGGUCAUCACCAACGGAGCAUACAACAGCCUCCUGUCCAACUCAUCACCGCAGGGCUACCCCACCGCCGGCUACCCCUAUCCACAGCAAUACGGCCACUCCUACCAAGGAGCCCCGUUCUACCAGUUCUCUUCCACUCAGCCGGGGUUGGUGCCCGGCAAAGCACAGGUGUACCUGUGCAACAGGCCCCUUUGGCUGAAAUUUCACCGGCACCAAACCGAGAUGAUCAUCACCAAACAGGGAAGGCGCAUGUUUCCUUUUUUAAGUUUUAACAUUUCUGGUCUCGAUCCCACGGCUCAUUACAAUAUUUUUGUGGAUGUGAUUUUGGCGGAUCCCAAUCACUGGAGGUUUCAAGGAGGCAAAUGGGUUCCUUGCGGCAAAGCGGACACCAAUGUGCAAGGAAAUCGGGUCUAUAUGCAUCCAGAUUCCCCGAACACUGGGGCUCAUUGGAUGCGCCAAGAAAUCUCUUUUGGAAAAUUAAAACUAACGAACAACAAAGGAGCUUCAAACAACAAUGGGCAGAUGGUGGUUUUACAGUCCUUGCACAAGUACCAGCCCCGCCUGCAUGUGGUGGAAGUGAACGAGGACGGCACGGAGGACACCAGCCAGCCCGGUCGCGUGCAAACAUUCACUUUUCCCGAGACCCAGUUCAUCGCUGUCACCGCCUACCAGAACACCGAUAUUACACAACUGAAAAUAGAUCACAACCCCUUUGCAAAAGGAUUUCGGGAUAAUUAUGACACGAUCUACACGGGCUGCGACAUGGACCGCCUGACCCCCUCGCCCAACGACUCUCCGCGCUCGCAGAUUGUGCCCGGCGCUCGCUAUGCCAUGGCUGGCUCUUUCCUGCAGGACCAGUUCGUGAGCAACUACGCCAAGGCCCGUUUCCACCCGGGUGCAGGCGCGGGCCCCGGGCCGGGGACGGACCGCAGCGUGCCGCACACCAAUGGGUUGCUGUCCCCGCAGCAGGCCGAGGACCCCGGCGCGCCAUCGCCGCAGCGCUGGUUUGUGACGCCUGCAAACAACCGGCUGGACUUCGCGGCCUCGGCCUACGACACCGCCACGGACUUCGCGGGUAACGCGGCCACGCUGCUCUCCUACGCGGCAGCGGGCGUGAAGGCGCUGCCACUACAGGCAGCCGGCUGCACCGGCCGUCCGCUCGGCUACUACGCCGAUCCGUCGGGCUGGGGCGCACGUAGCCCCCCGCAGUACUGCGGCGCCAAGUCGGGCUCUGUGCUGCCUUGCUGGCCCAACAGCGCCGCGGCCGCCGCGCGCAUGGCGGGCGCCAACCCCUACCUGGGCGAGGAGGCCGAGGGCUUGGCCGCAGAGCGCUCGCCGCUUCCUCCCGGGACCGCCGAGGACGCCAAGCCCAAGGACCUGUCCGACUCCAGCUGGAUCGAGACGCCCUCCUCCAUCAAGUCCAUCGACUCCAGCGACUCGGGGAUUUACGAGCAGGCCAAGCGGAGGCGGAUCUCGCCAGCAGACACGCCGGUGUCCGAGAGCUCGUCCCCACUCAAGAGCGAGGUGCUGGCCCAGCGGGACUGCGAGAAGAACUGCGCCAAGGACAUAGGAGGCUACUACGGCUUCUACUCUCACAGCUAG